AAAACAAAGCAAGACGGAUAAUACGAGGCGCUACUCUUCUCCCUCUUCGUCUUCCAGCUUACUUCACCAUCGUUUCUGUUUUCCCGAUCCAGAACUCCACAAUCAAUACUCCACUACCUCUUCAUCCAUCAAUUCUUUCUUUAUGAUUUCGAUUCCGUUUACCCUUACUCUCCUGCUUUAUAUACUGAUUUUCUCUCCUCGGUGCAAACCAGAAAGAGAUCUUAUAUGAGGAAGAAAUCUCUCUCGAUUCUCAAUUUUGUUUUGUGUUUUGGUAUUUAAUGAUAUGGUUUCUCUGUGUAGCGAUUGAGAGGUUGAAGCAAGAGACUUCAUCAGUACAAGGGGUAGAAUUGGAAACUGAUAAUAAGAAGAACUGGAUGAGCUCUGCCCAGUUAUGGAUCUCGAACUCUAACUCACAGUCACAAUCGACAAACGAAGAAGAAAACCGGUGUGUGACUCAGACCUGUAAUAAUAAUAAAGCCAACCAACGAGGGGCAAUUCUGUCAUUUAACCGUCCUCCACCACCUCUUCCUUCACCUCCUCUGUCUCUUCCAACGUCAGAAAUAUUGACUGACUAUAGCAGCAGAAUUGAGCAGAGUCAUCCAAUUCAGAAGAAAGAGCUGAGAAGGAAAUGGUCUGAGGAUCUUCACCGGAGGUUCGUGAUGCCUUCAGAAGAUUGGAGGGUCACAAGGUUAGUCCUUACUCAAACAAUGAACCAACUUUGUAUCUCAAUUCUCCAUUGAUUGGUUAUACUGAGAUUAAUGUUGUUUAUGUUUGUUGUUGGUGAAACCAGUGGCAACACCAAAGCAGAUUAGAGAUAUUGUGAAAGUUGAUGGUUUAACCAAUGAUGAAGUCAAGAGUCAUUUACAAAUAAAAGUCCUUAUCUUUUUUUUUUGUACAAACUUGAAAAACUUUGAUGUGUGAAUGAAUGAUUUGAUAGCGUGUGAAAUGAAAAUUAAUUGCA